GGGGUGGGAGGUAGAGGAGGUCGGCAGAGGAACCUCGAGCCGUCUCCCCAUUAGGUAUUAGCAUAGAGCCUGCAGCCUGUGUGAGUGUGAGGGGGAGAGCUAGCUCCAGCAAGGGAGGGAGUGAGCUAGUGAGAGGCAGGCUUGCAAGAGGAGAGGGAGAGGGGAGCAAGCACUCCAGCGAGCAUGAGGACGGCUCCUCUUUCCCGUGCUCAGUUAAUCUGGCUGUCAGUUGGUGUUAACGCUGCAGUUUAAGUGCUCAGAUUCCAGGGAAAAGAGGCAAACCUCACAGAAGGAAGGAAGGAAGCAAGGAAAGAAGCAACUGCAAGAGGAAAAGAAGCGGCAGACCAUCAACAGGAAUAAAGGGAAUGCAGGGGGACACCAAAUCUAUAAAUCUAUGAUUGGAUCUGGGCUUCGUUUUCGCCAAUGCAAAAAGGAAUAUGCAGCACAUUUUUGCCUUCUUCUGCACCGGUUUCCUAGGCACAGUAGUCGGUGCCAAUUUCCCCAACAAUAUCCAGAUUGGGGGAUUAUUUCCAAACCAGCAGUCACAGGAACAUGCCGCUUUUAGAUUUGCUUUGUCGCAACUCACAGAGCCCCCCAAGCUGCUUCCCCAGAUUGAUAUUGUGAACAUCAGCGACAGCUUUGAGAUGACCUAUAGAUUCUGUUCCCAGUUCUCCAAAGGAGUCUACGCCAUUUUUGGAUUCUAUGAGAGGAGGACUGUGAACAUGCUGACCUCCUUCUGCGGAGCCCUCCAUGUCUGCUUCAUUACCCCCAGCUUUCCUGUCGACACAUCCAAUCAAUUUGUCCUCCAGCUGCGCCCAGAGCUGCAGGAUGCCCUCAUCAGCAUCAUCGACCAUUACAAGUGGCAGAAAUUUGUCUACAUUUAUGAUGCUGACCGAGGCUUGUCCGUCCUCCAGAAAGUCCUCGACACAGCUGCUGAGAAGAACUGGCAGGUGACAGCCGUCAACAUUUUGACAACCACAGAGGAAGGCUACCGGAUGCUCUUUCAGGACCUAGAGAAGAAAAAGGAGAGGCUGGUGGUAGUGGACUGUGAAUCCGAGCGCCUCAACGCUAUCCUAGGCCAGAUUAUAAAGCUAGAGAAGAAUGGCAUUGGCUACCACUACAUCCUUGCUAAUCUGGGAUUUAUGGACAUUGACCUAAACAAGUUCAAGGAGAGUGGAGCAAAUGUGACAGGUUUCCAGUUGGUGAAUUACACAGACACCAUCCCAGCCAAGAUCAUGCAGCAGUGGAAGAACAGCGAUGCUAGAGACCACACCCGAGUGGACUGGAAGAGACCCAAGUACACCUCUGCGCUCACCUACGAUGGAGUGAAGGUGAUGGCUGAAGCGUUCCAGAGUCUGCGGAGGCAGAGGAUCGAUAUCUCCCGCCGGGGGAAUGCUGGGGACUGUCUUGCUAACCCAGCUGUGCCCUGGGGCCAGGGUAUCGACAUUCAGAGAGCUCUGCAGCAGGUGCGCUUUGAAGGCUUGACAGGAAACGUACAGUUUAAUGAGAAAGGACGCCGGACCAACUACACCCUGCAUGUGAUUGAAAUGAAGCAUGACGGCAUCAGAAAGAUUGGUUAUUGGAAUGAAGAUGAUAAGUUUGUUCCUGCAGCCACAGAUUCUCAAGCAGGAGGUGAUAAUUCAAGUGUUCAGAACAGAACAUACAUCGUCACUACAAUCCUAGAAGACCCUUAUGUGAUGCUCAAGAAGAAUGCCAACCAGUUUGAGGGCAAUGACCGCUAUGAGGGCUACUGUGUGGAGUUGGCAGCAGAAAUUGCAAAGCAUGUGGGCUACUCCUACCGUCUUGAGAUUGUCAGUGAUGGCAAAUAUGGAGCUCGAGACCCUGACAGCAAGGCUUGGAAUGGCAUGGUGGGAGAGCUGGUCUAUGGACGAGCAGAUGUGGCCGUGGCCCCUCUAACCAUCACCUUGGUCCGAGAAGAGGUCAUAGACUUCUCCAAGCCAUUUAUGAGUUUGGGAAUUUCCAUCAUGAUAAAAAAACCACAGAAGUCCAAGCCCGGGGUCUUCUCCUUCCUUGAUCCCUUGGCUUAUGAGAUUUGGAUGUGCAUCGUUUUUGCCUACAUUGGAGUGAGUGUUGUCCUCUUCCUGGUCAGCCGCUUCAGCCCCUACGAAUGGCACAGCGAAGAGUUUGAAGAAGGACGUGACCAGACAACCAGCGACCAGUCCAAUGAGUUUGGGAUCUUCAACAGCUUGUGGUUCUCCCUGGGAGCCUUUAUGCAGCAAGGAUGUGACAUUUCCCCCAGGUCCCUGUCUGGCCGCAUUGUCGGUGGCGUCUGGUGGUUCUUCACCUUGAUCAUCAUCUCCUCAUACACGGCCAACCUGGCCGCCUUCCUGACUGUGGAGAGGAUGGUGUCUCCCAUCGAGAGCGCAGAGGACCUAGCCAAGCAGACAGAAAUCGCUUACGGGACGCUGGAAGCAGGAUCCACGAAGGAGUUCUUCAGGAGGUCUAAAAUCGCUGUGUUUGAGAAGAUGUGGACAUACAUGAAAUCAGCAGAACCAUCCGUUUUUGUGCGAACCACAGAGGAAGGGAUGAUCCGAGUGAGGAAAUCCAAGGGCAAGUAUGCCUACCUCCUGGAAUCCACUAUGAACGAGUAUAUUGAGCAGCGGAAGCCCUGUGACACCAUGAAGGUGGGAGGUAACUUGGAUUCCAAAGGCUAUGGCAUUGCAACACCCAAGGGGUCUGCCCUGAGAAAUCCAGUAAACCUGGCAGUGUUAAAACUGAACGAGCAGGGGCUUUUGGACAAAUUGAAAAACAAAUGGUGGUACGACAAGGGCGAGUGCGGCAGCGGGGGAGGUGAUUCCAAGGACAAGACGAGUGCUCUGAGCCUCAGCAAUGUGGCGGGAGUGUUCUACAUCCUGAUCGGAGGCCUUGGAUUAGCCAUGCUGGUUGCCUUAAUCGAGUUCUGCUACAAAUCCCGUAGUGAAUCCAAGCGGAUGAAGGGUUUCUGCUUGAUCCCACAGCAAUCCAUCAACGAAGCCAUACGGACGUCGACCCUCCCCCGGAACAGCGGGGCAGGAGCCAGCGGCAGCGGCAGUGGAGAGAAUGGCCGGGUGGUCAGCCACGACUUCCCCAAGUCCAUGCAAUCGAUUCCCUGCAUGAGCCACAGUUCAGGGAUGCCCUUAGGAGCCACGGGAUUAUAACUGGAGCAGACGGAUACCCCCUGGGGAGCAGGUCCAGGCUCCUCCGCCCAGUCCCAAACCCUUCAGUGCCAAAAACAACAACAAAAUGAAGUACAACCGCCACCAACCACGACAACCACAAGGAGGACAAUUCAACCGGUUUUCCAGAAGAAUUUAAAAACCGUUUCGCUGUCCCUUUUCCUUUGAUGUUCUCUCGCCUUUUUUUGUUUGCUAAGAAAGGAUGGCAGAUAACACUGUGUACUGGAAUCAGGGGAGAGUAACCUUGUCUAAGAAGUCCGUGUCUCUGAAAACAGAGCCCCUGGAACCCGAAUGAGGACACUGCAUCGUGUUUUACUAAUUCGGCAGUUAAUGUGUCUUAAUAUGCAAUGUUCUUUUCCUUACGAAUAUCCACGGUUUGCAGGUUCUGUUAGGCCCCUUUUGCCCCCUCCUUACUUUCUCUCAACCCUCUACCCAGACCGCUUCAGUUUUCAGGUGUGAGAAUCAAGAUUCCUUCCACCUCCCAAGCAAGCAAAGGGGGGAAAAUGCAACCUUGAAACUAAUCUGCCUAGAGGGCUCUCCAACUUACCCUCUACUUCUUAGCCCCAGGCCGUGGAUGGAGCUAGCCAUUGUUGUUGGAGGAAUGGGGUGCCUUCCCCUAAACACUGCUCUGGGAGAGGCUGCUUAUUCAAAGCAGCCCAGAAGGAGGUUCCGGAAGGGCAAACAGGCAAUCAAAGGUGGACUUCUGAAGUGACUGCUGGAAGCUCAGAAAAGCUUCCUUUCAUGUGUUUAGAGACUUCCCAGGGUCUUUGAUGGAACUCUAUGGUCCUUCAGUGUCAAGCUCAAGUUGUGUCAACACACAACCAGAGUAAUGUGUCCUUCUGCAAGGCUGAGGUCCAAAGGCACCCUGGGAGCUGAAAAGCAGUUUGCUUCCUGGACCAAGUGGAGCCUUGAGGUCCACUAAAAGCCAGGAAGGCAUCACCCACAAUUCUUGCUUUUCCUUUGCGUAACAACUAAGCAGGGAACCCUGUUGUGCAGUAAGUAGACUGUCUUACUCUGCAGAACCUCCGACGUGGGGGGAAUGCUGUGCUAGCGCAAAAGGAAGGUGAUGAAACAAUGCUGGAAGAGGAAGCCUCAUCGAAGCCCACAAGCAAUAGAGCCUUCCAUCUUGUGCCCUGUCCUCUGUUUGAGAGAUCAAAUAGGAAGCUGAGCGUUUUGCUGACACAGACAACUUGGAGGUUUUUUAAUGUCAAGUUAAAGUGUUAAUUUAGCAUGUGGCCAGAUGACAAUCUAGCACCGAAAGCAGGAUUACUCGAAAGCAAACAGGAUUAAUAAUGACAUUGGGGGAGACCUUAAGAUUCCCAACCCUGACUUCUACCCCAAGAAGGCUGAUCUUCAACUUGGCUAAACAUUGUAUUCUAAUGACCAGAAUCGAUACUCCUGAAAUGGUGUCUAAAGCUGAACAAAAGUAAGAUUGGAGAAGUGACAGGGUUCCUGGAGAGAAAACCAGGCUGACUGCGACUAUGUUUGGGGAGGCUGUGUGGGGUGCCUGGUGCACAGCUUUCUCGGAGAUUCCAACUCUCAUUCUUGGAGCCAUUGGCUUCCAGUUCUCCAGCAGCCACUCUCCUCGGUGCACGAGUCAGUGUGGUCCCUGUGUCAUUAGCUUUGAUUGAUAACCACAUUCUGGCUUGUUCUCUGACCCCCUACUUCUAACCAGACUUCUCGGCUAGGGGUUAUCAUUCGCAAUUGGCAAGCUAAAGGUUUUGGAACCUACCUAGGUGCAGCAUGAUUGGCUUCAUCUGUGGAUUCUCUCAGUGGAUCCCCACCAUUCUGUGUCUUCCUCAUUCUCCUUCCAUCAGCCACAGCAAAGAACCAGCCCCAAAUCAAACUCUUCCCACUGUUCAACACAAGUGUUGCUACUCAGUCUCUCACAUGUCAGCGUGGGCAUGGUACAUAAACCAGAACCUUCAAGAUGGAUUUUCGCUUUCACUACUACCAGCUGAUGCCCCAUUCCCACUCCUACUCUUGCACCGGUAACAGAUUUUUCUCAGUCCUUAGCCUCCCACUGCAGAAUCUGACAUGCCCCAGCAGUAGAGAGUCUGUGUUCUGUAGGAGUUGGAAACAACCUUCUACGAUCAAUAUGCUUCAAAGACCUUUUGCCUUUAGCCUGGUAAGAUGCCUCUCCAGCCACGGAGCCUGCCAGUGGCAUGAUCUGACAGAGAGAGACUGCCUUUGCUAAAAAUGAGGGUCUAUGCUAUGUGAGGGUCUAAGCCUCCAGUAAAAGAUGUUUUUCCUCAAUGGAGGCGUGAAAGGGAAAACGAAUGCAAGAAAAAAAAGUUAACUGUAUUAUGUAUUUUUACUACACUUUUCUUAAAAAUAGAGCAAUGGGAAAACUCUGAAAGAGAUUGACAUUUUUCUCAACAGGAAUCCAUACUUAACAGUUCUGGCUUUCAUUAAAUUUUGCUCUUUGGUACGUGGGCCUUUUAUUUAACAUCUAUAUUUGUUUUAACUAUCUUGGAAGAUAUGUGAAAGGAUUUUUGCUUGAAUCAAACAUUCAAUAUAUUUUGGUUCCUGUUUUUAUUUCAAAUAGGAAUUUGGGGGGAGGAGGGGUUGGUUGUUGGGGGUUUUUUGUUGUUGUUUUUGUUUUGUUUUGUAUUUACAUAAAAUGAAAAUAUCACCGAGAAUUAAAUCACUGUGGAUCCAUUA